CCUUUGCCGCAGUUGUUUAUUCUCCUCGGUCCCAGCCAUGGCUUCGCGCCUCGUCUGCAAAUCCAUGCGCUUGUGGCGCGGCUGGUGCGCGCCGCGGGCCACUAGAUUUUCUCAUUCCGGAAGCGAGGACCGUCUCGAAACUCCUUCUGCUAAAAAAUUAACAGAUAUAGGAAUUAGAAGAAUCUUCUCUUCGGAGCAUGACAUUUUCCGGGAGAGCGUAAGGAAGUUUUUCCAGGAAGAAGUGAUUCCUCAUCACACAGAAUGGGAGAAAGCUGGAGAAGUGAGUAGGGAGAUUUGGGAAAAAGCUGGAAAGCAAGGACUACUUGGUGUCAAUAUUGCAGAGCGUCAUGGUGGCAUCGGUGGGGACUUGUUCUCGACCGCUGUUGUUUGGGAGGAGCAAGCAUAUUCGAAUUGUACAGGCCCAUGUUUUAGUCUUCAUUCAGAUAUUGUCAUGCCCUAUAUUGCAAACUAUGGCUCAGAAGAACAGAUUAAGCGCUUCAUCCCCCGGAUGGCUGCAGGGAAAUGGAUUGGCGCCAUAGCCAUGACGGAGCCUGGGGCUGGAAGUGAUUUACAAGGAGUAAGAACAAAUGCCAAAAAGGAUGGGAGUGACUGGAUUCUUAAUGGCAACAAGGUGUUCAUUACUAAUGGGUGGAUGAGUGACGUUGUGAUUGUAGUGGCAGUCACAAAUCGUGAAGCUCGCUCUCCCGCCCACGGCAUCAGCCUUUUUCUGGUGGAAGAUGGAAUGAAAGGAUUUAUCAAGGGACGAAAGCUACAAAAGAUGGGAAUGAAAGCCCAGGACACUGCAGAAUUAUUCUUUGAAGACGUACGGUUGCCAGCUAGUGCCCUACUUGGAGAAGAGAAUAAAGGCUUCUAUUACCUCAUGCAAGAGCUUCCCCAGGAAAGGCUUUUGAUUGCCGAGCUAGCCAUUUCAGCCAGCGAAUUCAUGUUCGAAGAAACCAGGAACUAUGUUAAAGAAAGAAAAGCUUUUGGGAAAACAGUUGCACAUAUACAGACGGUGCAGCAUAAGCUAGCGGAAUUAAAAACACACAUUUGUGUAACCAGAGCUUUUGUGGACAGCUGUCUCCAGCUGCAUGAAAAGAAACGUCUGGACUCUGCCACAGCUUCCAUGGCGAAGUACUGGGCUUCUGAGUUACAGAACAGUGUAGCGUACGACUGUGUACAGCUCCAUGGCGGCUGGGGGUACAUGUGGGAGUUCCCGAUUGCAAAAGCUUAUGUGGAUGCCCGAGUUCAGCCAAUCUAUGGUGGUACCAAUGAAAUAAUGAAGGAGCUAAUUGCAAGAGACAUCGUCCGAGACAAAUAGACAUCUGCCCACAUCCUGGAAUCCUAUUACUGCUAAUCUGGUUUUAAAUCUACUCAAGAUAAAAUGCAACCUGGAAAUGGAGGAGACGCUAAACAUGUUUUUGUACACUGUCUUAUAGAAAAAAAAUCAAAUGCAAAUAUAAGAUUAACACAAUGGGAGAAGAAAUGUUUGAAUGCAAAGAUUCCAAAAUUCUCCAACAUAAGGUUUGACUUUUAAUUUUUUAUAUAGCUAAAAGGCAAAGCUUUUCUGAUUCUAGAAGCCUUAGUG